AUGGCGUGUGCCGGCGCAGUUCUCUUGGAGGCGCGGCCGUUCAGGCCCUUCAAGUCCUCAGAGGAGUAUCUGUAUGCCAUGAAGGAGGACCUGGCUGAGUGGCUGACCAUACUCUACCCAGAAUUGAGGAUCAAUGCUGAUAAUUUCUUGGAUAGACUCGAUACCGGGGUCGCUUUAUGCAGGCACGCGAAUGCCGUACGCGAGUCAGCCAGGCUUAUUCUCGAAUCACAAGCACCUGAACCUGAUGAUGCCCUCACCUUAGCAAGAGCACUCCGCACCCGUCCACCAGUCAACAUGCUGAUAGCGGCAAAAGCUGGCACCUUUUUCGCUAGAGAUAAUGUAUCCAAUUUCAUAGAGUGGUGCCGUAGAGCUUUGGGCAUCUUGGAAUGCCUCCUUUUUGAAACCGACGAUUUAUGCUUAAGAAAGAAUGAGAAGCAUGUCGUAUUGUGUCUCCUAGAGGUUGCUAGGAAAGGUGCUGUGCUGGGUAUGCCCGCACCAUUGUUGGUUCAAAUGGAAAAACAAAUAGAGAGGGAACUCGCCGGAGAGGAGUUGAGACCAGAUGAUUCCGCUCUAGGAUUGGUUCCGUUAGGACCUCAACCUCAGCUCGUGACCAACGAUCUGAGGAGUUUGGAUGAGAGAGUCAGAGAUUUGGUGGAAAGGUGCUCGUGCCCGACACAGUUUCCGAUGGUGAGGGUGUCUGAAGGAAAAUACAGGAUUGGCGAUACAAGGCUCCUGAUCUUUGUCAGAAUUCUUCGAUCACACGUUAUGGUUCGUGUUGGAGGAGGUUGGGACACAUUAGCCCACUAUUUAGACAAACACGACCCCUGCAGGUGCCGUGCUCAACAUCGCACUUCUCUAUCAGCUCGCCUGGCUCGUCCCAAACACGAUCUAGCAGGCGCUACUGUCACAUACGAACGAUCAGACCCAGGCCCCACCUCCCUUCCAUACAAAACUGAAACGCUCCAAAAGAAUUAUGAACCUAUGUCUCUACAAUAUUCCUCAAAAUUAUACUCUGAUGACCCAAGAAGCACGCAUUAUCAAUCGAGCCACCGCCUUAACGAUGCUCCAACCAGCUUGCCGUAUCUCGGGGAAUUGGACAGAUCUCAUUCUCCUAGUCGAAAACAUUUGGCACCGAGAGCAAACAGUCCUGGCAGGAAAUCUUCGUCUCCUGAUCGAAGAUCUAAAAUUGUUUCUUCUAACCAUUUAGUUCCAACACCAUUGGGUGUGAGGAAUAAAAGCCCUAGGCCAGUUUCACCAGCUCCAGCUACCGAGAGUGCUUCGGAUAAUGGGUCUGAGGUAUCCGAUGAGGGGUAUAGAAGUUUGGGGGUGGUGGCCGGGUCUACGCAGGGCUCGCCGCCAACUAAAACAACGAAUAGAUACUCGAUGCAUAGCCAGAAUUCAAUUGAAGAUGCUGAAUAUAGUGAGCGUCUCGAACAAGAUGAUGGCUGCCACUUGGAUAGGAAUGAAAGAGUUGACGACUACGUGAGCAUCACCACCGGUCUUCGGAAGACAGACUUUUCGGAUACUUUCUAUAGAAACAAAAAACCUGGUUCAAUAGAAGAUAAGUCAAAUCGUGGCAGCCCCGAAAGAAUAGUUGUCACUGAAAACAAUGACUCACCUAGUAAAAGUCUCAGACCUUCAAGGGAAGCAACAGACUCACCGAUAAAAUCUGUAAGAAGUCGACAAGCUAGUCGUAUACCACACUCGCCUGUCCGUGCUAGAACACCAAGCCGUGGGAACACUCCGAGUCCAAAACAUACUGCUAAUCCAGUUCAAACGUCGCCCAAGCUUACACCAAAGCUACCGCCUACAGCCAGAAACACAUGGAACGGCAGAACUGCCCCUAGCCAGACUAAAUCCAAAACGAGACCUACAAUAGGUGCAGAUACUUUCGAAAAUCCUAACAAAUCUCCAAAGGCAAAACUGAAAACGGUUGUGCAAAGUGAAGCGUUUAAAAGAAAUUCCCCUUUGAGAGCCAGUAGUGCUACAUUGAGGUCACCGCCGAAUCAGAAACCUUUAAGUCCCUUAUUAGAGCAGAUAUUAAGGUCCGCUGAAACAGCAAAAGAUGAUGCAGCAGUGUUGGCAAAAAUGAAAGAAAUCAUCAGGUCAUAUUCGAAAGGUGACAACGAUUCUCUAUCUAGAACUAGUUCAAAGGAUUCUGACUACGCUGACUUUACAUCGGCCUGGGUGAUGUCCGAUGGUAAAUUAGAAAGAUCGAUGAGCACGAGGCAGUUGGCUACGCCUAGAAAAGAUCAAAGAAAUGGCCCUUCGAGAAUACCGGCUCCUGUCGCUAUCGGUUGCAGAAGGUCUACAUCCACGUCUCAGUUUCAAUGACAGGGUGAUUCUCAAGAAUCUGAGGACUUAAGUGAAAAGUGACCCAAAUUGUAAGCUGGACAUAUUCCGGUGGCUUGGUGUCUAAAGUCCAUAUAAUGUCACAAAAUCAUUUUUGAAUAAAAAUGUGUAAUUAUGAUUAAGAAAGUUUCGGUGGCAUUCCUAUUUGGACUUAAAAAAUUCAAAGACGGGUACGCAGUUUCUUUAACAACAUUAAAUUGAAACAUUGCUUAUGAAAAUGAAAUAUCUAUCAUAAACACAUCAAUAGGUAUUCCUUAAGAUUAUAUCUUUGUGGCGGUAGAAGUAGAUGUGAGUAGACUUUUAAAAUUAAUAAAUGGUACUAGAUUCUUGAAAUCAGUAGGAUAUACAUAAUUUCAAGAUAACUUUUUUUAAUAUAGUUAUAAAUAUUAUUAUUAUAUUGCCUAGACAACUAUACUAACAAGAUUAACAACUUUUUAUCAAUUUUACGACUAGCAAUUUUAAAUCAUCGUUUCUAGCACGAAUCCACUAGUGAUUAGAUAAAUAUGUCUCAGGAUAAAAAGUUGUAGUUAUUCGCUCUAAAAGUUGGUUAAGGAUGGUGCUAAGAAGAAAGCGUUAGUGUUUUAGUUAUUUUUAAUUUAAUUAUUUUAUAUAGAAUAGUCGACUUUAUUAUGAAAUUUAAGAGUAACCCAGAUAUCAAAAUAACGAAAACAUUAAAAAAGCUGUUUUUCAACUAUACAACUCUAAUAGUUUUUGAUUAUUUUUCUUUUAUAUUUUUUAUAUAAACAUUUACCGUAGAUCGGAUAGAUGAUCGAUUUAUUUAUAACCAAUAAGAUUUUAAAAUAAGACCAUUCAGUUUUUGAACGUCGACAUUAUUAUUUGUAGUUAGGUUUUAGGUUAAGCUUUUGAUACCCCGGUACGGUUGUCGAGAAGAAGCAUUUAAAAAAUCAUUAAAAAAACUAGCAUUUUGUGCGCAUUUACUGUAAAUGAAAUCAUUCCAAGAUUUUUUGAUCCGGGACCAUUGGUAAUUACAUGAAUGCAGUAAUCUCAAUUAUUUUCUUGUUUUCAUUUGGAUUGUGAGGGGCUCGGAGCUAAUAUGAUAUCCGUUGUGUAUUUUCAAUUAAUUAUAGUAUUACACAAGUUCAAAAUAAGGUGAUAUGGCAUAGAAAUCAACAAAAACAUCCGUCGUCAUACCUCAUAAUUAGUAUACGUAAAAAUUGUAAGAGAUAUUUUUUCACUGACCUUUUUAAUAAACAAUUUUUGUAAUCAUUAUGCCAUAUAACCGUCCAUUUAGAAAGGGCGUAGUAUAAAGGGUCACCUGUAGACACUUUCUUCAUAAUCAUGAAUAAUUUAAUGGUUUAAUUAAAUUUUAUGAUAAAAGUGUUUAAAUAUUUAACGAUUCGUUGAACAUUGGCCCUUAUAUAUGGGUAUUAUCUUUCUAUAUGUGUCUAUAUGCCUUAGUGUCUAUGUUAAAUUAUAGUUUGAAAUUAUACUAUAAAAUUAUUUUAUGGUCUACUUUGCUUGGUGUAUAGAUUAUAAUGCUCUGCCCUAUAACUAUUAUUUAGCUGGUUUCACGUUAUUAUUAUUGUCUGUUCUUCAAUAACUUGAUAUUUGAGAUAUCAUGGUAUCUAAAACGCGACCAUGAUGAGAAAUUAUAAAUUAUGUCUGAAAUUUUAUUCCAUUGGUGCUUAUGCGUUCACAAAUGACAUGUUUUAAGAAUGUUAUAAGCUACUUUGCUAUCGCAUCAUAUUGAAACAUUGUUAUAUUGUCAUAAUUAAUAGAAAGGAAGCCACUUUACUCGAGUAUUUGUGGCUAUAUACAAAAGAUUGUUUCCACAAGGUUCAUAUCUUGGCCCUAAUGUUUUUAAAUACCUAUAAAAUAAUGACAAUGUAACAAAGUUAAAACUAGAGGCUAAGUGAAUCUUAGUUAAGUUACUGUUUCUUCGACAUAACGUUACCAGUGACUAUGCCAUAGAAAUUGUUAUAUUUCACUGAAUAAAUGAUCAAAAAU